AAACUGUACAAGCUGGCGAUGGAGGAGGAGAAGAAGAAGGGCUACGACCUGCGGGCAGAUGCCAUUCCCAUCAAGUCAGCCAAAGCUUCCCGGGACAUCGCCAGCGAUUACAAGUACAAGGAGGGGUAUCGGAAGCAGCUGGGCCACCACAUCGGGGCCCGCAACAUCGAGGACGACCCCAAGAUGAUGUGGUCAAUGCACGUGGCCAAGAUCCAGAGUGACAGGGAGUACAAGAAAGCCUUUGAGAAGACCAAGACACACUUCAGCAGCCCCGUGGACAUGCUGGGGAUCGUGUUGGCCAAGAAGUGCCAGGGGUUGGUCAGUGAUGCCGAUUACCGGCACUAUCUCCAUCAGUGGACUUGCCUGCCUGACCAGAAUGAUGUGAUCCAUGCCAAGGAAGCCUAUGACCUGCAGAGUGAUAACUGCUACAAGUCUGACCUGCAGUGGCUGCGGGGCAUUGGUUGGGUCCCCAUUGGAUCUCUGGAAGUGGAGAAGGCCAAGAGGGCCGGGGAGAUCCUGAGUGACAAAAUCUACCGCCAGCACCCGGACACCAUCAAGUUCACCAGCAUCCCAGACUCCCUGCCCAUGGUGCUGGCCAAGCAGAACGCGGACACCAUGAACAAGCGUUUGUACACUGAGGCCUGGGAUAAGGACAAGACACAGAUCCACAUAAUGCCCGACACUCCUGAAAUCACACUGGCAAGAGAGAACAAGAAAAACUACAGCCUGAAACAAUACAGACAGGCCAUGGAAGACUCAAAGAAGAAAGGCUACGAUCUGAGAAUCGAUGCCAUCCCCAUUCAGGCGGCCAAGGCAUCCAGGCAGAUUGCCAGUGAUUACAAGUACAAGGAGGGGUAUCGGAAGCAGCUGGGCCACCACAUCGGGGCCCGCAACAUCGAGGACGACCCCAAGAUGAUGUGGUCGAUGCACGUGGCCAAGAUCCAGAGUGACAGGGAGUACAAGAAGGACUUUGAGAAGACCAAGACCCACUUCAGCAGCCCCGUGGACAUGCUGGGGGUGGUGCUGGCCAAGAAGUGCCAGAGCUUGGUGAGCGACAUUGACUACCGGCACUACCUGCACCAGUGGAUCUGCCUGCCCGACCAGAACGACGUGAUCCACGCCAGGCAAGCCUAUGACCUGCAGAGUGAUAACUACUACAAGUCUGACCUGCAGUGGCUGCGGGGUGUUGGUUGGGUCCCCAUUGGUUCCCUGGAGGUGGAGAAGGCCAAGAGGGCUGGGGAGAUCCUGAGUGACAAAAUCUACCGCCAGCACCCGGACACCAUCAAGUUCACCAGCAUCCCAGACUCCCUGCCCAUGGUGCUGGCCAAGCAGAACGCGGACACCAUGAACAAGCGUUUAUACACCGAAGCCUGGAACAAAGACAAGACCUCGAUUCACGUCAUGCCUGACACCCCAGAAAUCCUGCUGGCCAAACAAAACCGAGUCAACUACAGUGAGAAAAUGUACAAACUGGCCUUGGAGGAGUCGAAGAAGAAGGGCCAUGAUUUGCGUUUUGAUGCCAUUCCCAUCCAAUCUGCCAAAGCCUCCAGAGAGAUUGCCAGUGAUUACAAGUACAAGGAGGGGUAUCGGAAACAGCUGGGCCACCACAUCGGGGCCCGCAACAUCGAGGAUGACCCCAAGAUGAUGUGGUCGAUGCACGUGGCCAAGAUCCAGAGUGACAGGGAGUACAAGAAGGACUUUGAGAAGACCAAGACCCGCUUCAGCAGCCCCGUGGACAUGCUGGGGGUGGUGCUGGCCAAGAAAUGCCAGAGCUUGGUGAGCGACAUCGACUACCGGCACUACCUGCACCAGUGGAUCUGCCUGCCCGACCAGAACGACGUGAUCCACGCCAGGCAAGCCUAUGACCUGCAGAGUGAUGCUGUUUACAAAUCAGACCUGGAGUGGCUGCGGGGUGUUGGUUGGGUCCCCAUUGGUUCCCUGGAAGUGGAGAAGGCCAAGAAGGCUGGGGAGAUCCUGAGUGACAAAAUCUACCGCCAGCACCCGGACACCAUCAAGUUCACCAGCAUCCCAGAC